CUCGUCUCUUCAGUCGGGAUCGAGCUGCCGAGCGGUGCGAAGGUACCGAGUGUUUUUUCCACGCGCACGGCGUGAUUUGAAACUUCUUCCUCAACGCAGCAUCCGUGUGGACCUGAAAUUAAGGCAUGUCCGCCCGUUAGUUGGAUUUACUAUUCUUCUUGCUUUCCGAGUGGAUUUCAAAACUGACUUCGGAAAAUUGUGCUGCGGUGUGUUUUGGAAAACUGUUCAAUGUGGCACAGUGUGCAGUGCCGUCGUCGCCGAGACUCUUCUCGCCUGAUUUGAGGAGUCCCGAGUUCCAGUUUAUCUGAGAGCAGAACUGACGCGUCAAAAUGCUGAUGGAAGUGAACACGCCGCACACCCUGCUCUUCGGGGCCCUGUUCUUGCUCGUAGUCACCUCAGGGUGUUCUGCGAGAUCACGACAUCCAGCUGAACGGAUGCGGUACGACGUGGCGUACGAAUGCGAGGGCUCCAUGCUGACCAUCAACUGUCCGGAGGGCGAGCACAUCAACCUGAUCCGGGCCAACUACGGCCGCUUCUCGAUAACGCUGUGCAACGACAACGGCAACACCGACUGGAGCGUCAACUGCAUGUCUCCGCGCUCGCUGCGCGUCCUCUACAGCAAAUGUUCAAAUCAGCAAAACUGCAGUAUUUUAGCGAGCACAAGUGUGUUCGGCGAUCCGUGUCCGGGGACUAGAAAAUAUUUAGAGGCACAUUAUCAGUGUGUCCCAGCGGUGAGUACGUCGACGACCCUGCGACCGAGUCCGCCGUGGCUCGUCACCUCUCAGCCGAGCGUGUGGAGCACGGCCAAGUUGCCGUCUCUGCGGCCGGCGGCCAAAUUGCCGUCGGGCCCUCCAGCGGCGGCCGAGACCACGACCAGCUCGACGGCCGCCCCUGCAGUGGUGACCACCCCUGCGGCGGCGCCGCCGGAUGAGCAGAGUGAGGAAUAUGAUGACACGAUGUUGGAAAAUGUUCCUCCACCGGUCACUCAGCCACCUCAGCAGGCGCCAGUGGCUCCUGAGGUGGUCACGACCACCACAACCACUGCACCAACUCCAAGCUCAACUGUGGCCACCAGAAGGCAAACGCAUCCCACCACUGCUGGUCCUGAAAAGAAGCAGCCGCAAAUGCCGAUCUGGGAGAAUGACCUGCUGCAGUACUGCGCACCUGCCACCGCGCGCAACAUCAACUGGAACUGGACCCAAGUGGGCGACACGGCCAUUCAGCCUUGUCCUGGUGGCACAACCGGACAGGCACGUUGGCGCUGCAUCUUCAGCCAGGACGUCAACCAGAUGGGCCGCGCCACCUGGGAGCCUGGCACCCCCGACCUGAGCGAGUGCCGCUCAGUGUGGGUGGCCAACCUCGAGUCCAGCAUCAAGGAGGGCGACUCCAUCAUCUCCAUUGCUGACGAUUUGUCCCAGGUCACAAUCAACAAGAUGUUGUACGGCGGAGAUUUGAUGACCACGUCCAAGAUCAUCAAGAAAAUGGCGCAGAAGAUCAGCCAGGACAUUCAGACGUUCCCUGACCAGCGCCAAAGGGAGGCCUUGGUGUCCGAGUUGCUUCACAAGGUGGUCAUCACCAGCAGCAAUUUGCUUGAUGACUCGCAACAGUCCUCUUGGAAGGAUUUGGGCUACGACGAGCAGAUGCGCAUUGCCACCUCGCUCAUGACAGGGUUGGAGGAAAACGCAUUCCUGCUGGCCAACACCAUGGUGGUCGAGAAGACUGUGGACGAGAGAGUCAAGAAUGUUUUGGUUUCUGUGAGAGUUUUGGAAACAAGAAAUGUUGGCGCUGAGCAGUUUCCCUCGCCCGAGACCCAAGAUGAGUGGCUGGACAGCAUUGGCUGGCUGGAGUUGCCGAGAGGCGCCCUCCUGGAGAACAGCGAGUCGGGCCUGGUUCGUCUCGUUUUCAUGGCUUUCGACCGGCUCGAGGACAUCCUCCAGCCAAGAAGCAGCUCCUCCCCGUCUGCCCAUGAAGAAUCCACAGUCAUCACAAUCGCAGAGGAGACUUCAACAAACGGCGGACUGCCCUCGACCUCCCUGAUCAACAGCAAGAUCAUUUCAGCGUCACUCAGCAAGGGCAGACACAUCCAGUUGUCUGAACCGGUGCGCAUGUGUCUCAAGCACAUCAAAACCGACAAUGUCAGCAACCCGUCCUGCGUAUUUUGGGACUACACUAUCAGUGCUUGGUCUUCUGAGGGAUGUGAAGUGGAGAUGACGAAUCGCACGCACACAGUGUGCAAGUGCGACCACCUGACCAACUUCGCCAUCCUGAUGGACGUGCACGCCACCCUGCUGGCUCCCACGCACGAGGCCUACCUGAGAAUCAUCACCUACGUCGGCUGCACCAUCUCCAUUGUGUUCCUCAUCAUGACCAUACUGACAUUUCAGUUUUUUCGUAACCUCAAAUCGGACAGAGCAACAAUCCACAAGAACCUGUGCUUCUGCCUCCUGAUCGGAGAGAUCAUCUUCCUGGCUGGAAUUGGACAGACUGACAAGCAGAUCAUGUGCGGAGUAGUCGCCGGUUUGCUCCACUACUUCUUUUUGUGCGCCUUUGCCUGGAUGUUCCUCGAAGGCUACCAACUAUAUGUGAUGCUCGUGGAGGUGUUCGAGGCCGAGAAGCCACGCAUCAAGUGGUACUACAUCAUUGGCUACGGCGCCCCUCUAAUAAUUGUGGUUGUGUCGAGCCUGGUGGACCCGAUGGGCUACGGCACCGACCGCUACUGCUGGCUCAACACAGACAACUACUUCAUUUGGAGUUUCGUGGGACCAGUCAUUGCCGUGAUUCUCGCCAAUCUAGUCUUUUUAAGUAUGGCAGUCUACAAAAUGUGCCGCCACAGCAGCACUUCAGUCCCUGUGAAGAGCAAGGAGCACGCCAGGCUUGCCAGCGCCAGUGGAAAGGAAGAGAAUGCUCAUUCGAACAAAAUCCAAUCAAACCUGUCUUGGCUGCGCGGCGCCAUCGCCCUUGUCUUCUUGCUCGGCCUGACGUGGACGUUCGGCCUGCUGUUCCUCAACAAGGAAACCGCCAUCAUGGCUUACGUUUUCACAGUGUUGAAUAGCUUUCAGGGACUGUUUAUUUUUGCUUUCCAUUGUGUUCAGAAUGAGAAGGUUCAAAAGGAGUAUAGAAAGUUUGUUAAGCGAAACAGUUGGCUGCCGUGCAGCAGCAGCAGCUCGGGCAAGGAGCAGACCUCGAGCUUUUACGCCGGCUCCAACGGCAACCCGUCAGCUCCAAAUUCCCAUAGCACAGACAGCUCCGCAUUGUCACCUCACGGCAAUAGUAAGAUUUCUUUUAAGUCGUACAACGGUCGUGUUGAUUCAGAGCCGGAAGACUCGCCGCGCUCGCUCAACACCACCACCCUGACCAGUCUGAACAACCUGCGCUGCCUGACGACGGCCGCCAGCCCGCUGCCGAGCAACAACAACAAGGACGGCGGCACCCUGAGGCGCGUGUGCGACUACUCGGGCAACGAGUACACCAGCAACGAGCUGGUGGUGACCCCGGCCGCCAACAUCAUCGACCCCUCAAAGGUCAUCCUGGCCGCGGACAUCGACUACGGCCGCGCAGAGCAGCUCGGCGGCACCCUGAGUCGCGCCCACCAACAACAGCAGCAACAACAACAACCGAGCACACACCUAGUCCCGCACCUGCUGCACCACCAGAUCGCCGCCCAGCACCACUACCUGACGCACGGCGGUCGCAAGAAGGGCUACCUGCGCUCGGCCAGCCCCUGGAACCACACGUACACCGAGAUCAGGGACGGACUGGGCCAAAUCCAGCACCUCCGGAGGCCGCCCUCGGAGGACGACCCCGUCUACGAGGAGAUCGAGCGCAACACCGAGAUCCAGGUGUCGGACAUGAGCGACGAGGACGGCCGUCGGCAGAGCGACAUGAGUCGACAGUCGUCGCGCAGCUACUCGGACCACCGGCCCCUCAUCCCGUACGGGGGCCCGCAGGCCCCGGUAACCCUCGAGUCGCUGCUGCGGCACAACCUGAAGGAGCAGCAGCAGCUGGACGCCGAGCUGAUGCGGUACAGGGUGCAGCGCCAGCAGGCGUACCUUUACCCCGCGGUCAACGCCCCCGCCGUGGACGCCAACGCCCGCACGGUGGCCUUCCUCGAGGGCGAGACCGUCGUGUGCCACCUGCAGCCCGAGGCCGCCGCCGACCUCUACAACCCCUACCGGACGAUGGUCAUCUCGCCGUACAGCGAGUGCUGAUCGGACAACUCGAAUCGAGCACGGACUCGCCUAACUUAUUAGCAGCUAGUGAAACCCGAAAUCCUACUGUAGUGUUUAAGGACAAGAACCAAACAAACAAAAGUGAUCCGUGUGUGAAUGGAGUCGGCGAGAAUCGAUCAAGGUUAUUUUUUAUUAUUUCCAAGGCCCGUGUUUGAAAGUGGACACAAUUUCAUGAUUGAUUUUUAUCUUGGAAUGGAUCAUGAAAUUUUUCCAUCUUUCACGUUCAACAAAAAUAAUAUAUACAGGACCUUUAAAUCCGAUUGCGAUUUUUUCAUAUUUUUUUGUACAAACUCUGCUUCCUUUUUUACGUAACAGAAAACUGUUUAAUAUGUAAUUUAUUGUCGCCAUUUUUGCUUUUGAACUUUACAAAAAAAAGAGAUGCCAACUGUUGCUUUUUAACAUUCACUCCAGACAAUGCAUUUUUAAAUAUUUUAUUACGCUUCUCGCCUUCUUGAGUUUCGAAUUUUAUUUUCAACUAGUGCAAAUGAAUGAAAUAUUUGUGGUGUAUAUAAAGCAUACCAGCUCCGUACGUGUACAUAUUAAGGAAAGAAACUGCAAAAAAGCGACGCAGCUCUUUAUACGUGUUUAGAUGCCGGCGCCGGCGUUAAUUAUAUGCAUAAACAGCGUAAUAAAAAAAUAAAAAAUGAAUUUUCAGUGUAUAGAUGGAAUUGAUAUUCAGAUGUGUAAAACUAAAAUGUGAGAGAGACGAAUUACAAGAAAAUACAACCACACGUUAUCGAAACCCGAGCUGCGAACAACCUGGCCGGGUUUUGUGUAAGUGUUGCUUCCAAUUCGUGUAAUUAAAAGCCAGAGCAUGGAAUUCCCUCCCUAACUUUGUACCACAGCAGGUGUUAAACUCGAACUGUACCCCCAAAAAAAAAAACUGUUUUUAGAGGAAUUGAUGUGAGGCACAAUUGA